AGAUGACGACCUUCCUCUUGCACGCGUUCGGGCGGAUCCUGGAAGACGUCGCACGCCAGCAGGGGCGGCCGCGCGACCCGGACCUCCUGACCGCCGGCACGUCGCUAAGCCUCCAAACCCUGCCGCGGCUGGCCGAGCUCGUCGUCUCGACGCGCGCGGCGGCCGCGUUCGCGUCCCUGCUGACGUCGCCGUUCUACCAGCGGGUGAACAUGGCGUGCGCCGCGGUCGCCGAGGCGCUGCACGAGGACGGCGCGGGGUAUGAGCAGCUCUUGGAUCAGAUGGUGCCCCCGAUCGUGCUCGCGAUCCACGACGGCGACGAACGGGACUGGGAACGGCGUGUGGAACAGGCGCAGCUGCUGCGGCUGAUCACUCGGCGCCUGCGACCCGGCUCUCCCGAGCUGCAUUUUGCCGGCAUGCCGCCGACGAUCGACGACUUCGCGCAAAAGCGGUGCGUGAAGUACCACUACGGCUCGAACAUCGUGGGCUUCAGCCUUGACCUCAUUACCGGGAAGGAGGACCUCAUACCGCGACUCUUCAAGGCGCUCGACGCGGAUACGCCCGAGUCGCAGGCUGCGCGGUGGGCCACCCUGGAAGAAGCGUUCCGGACGUCGAACUUGAAGGGAUCGAAGUGCAGCAUGUGUGGGAUCGAGGUAGAGGAGCUCAAGCGGUGCGCGCGGUGCCAUGGGGCUGAGUACUGUAGCGCGGCAUGCCAGAAGAAGGACUGGCCCGAGCACAAGAAAGCGUAUACCUCAGAACAGCAUCUUUCCGAUCCGCUUUUUUCUCCCGCCCUCCCCGACGAGCUACUGGAGAGAGUUCUGUACUUCCUGAAUCCAGAAGAUCUGCGCAGCUGCUCUUUGGUCAGCAGGCGCUUUCUACUGGCCACGAACGCAGUACGUACGUCAGUUAGACUCGACGAAUGCGCGGGCAAGAAAGUUCUCCUGCGGCUAGCAAAGCGUUUCAGCGCUACUACUUCGCUGCGCUUCGGAUCGAGCAAGUACGUGCCACACGACUCCUGGUUGCAGAAGGGACUGCAUCAGGCUGUUAGGAGCUUCCCGCGUCUCCAAAGCCUAGACCUCAGCGAGCUCGCACCUGAGGUGUUCUCUUCUUUUGAGGCCCUGAAUCCUGUCCUGAAGAAUCUCCCACACCUUACAAGUCUGACGCUCAAGCUUCCCCAAGGUCUGAUAGGCAUGGAUCAAAGCGAGCACAUAGCGCAGGCUGUCUCUUCAGCAUCCAAACACUGUCCCAAGUUAGAAGAGCUGGACAUCAGACCCGGCUCUUCUGCCCUCUUUCUGGCUCGUGAGCCCGAGGUGAACCUCAUAAAGGCUUACGGGGAGCUCUUGCAAGGUUGUCCUGAGCUCAAGUUCCUCACUCCUAUCGUUCUGACAUCUGCCGGUGCCUUCGGAUCCCUCUUAGGAAAGGUGCUGGAAGUCCGAGGCAAUCUGCUUAGCCUGACGCUUUGCGGCGACUCCGGCGGCUCACCUUUCAUCCAGCACGAUCCCUCCCCCGAACUAUGCCAAGCGCUCGACGUGCUGUCUUAUUUCGGCUCACUGCAACACCUGACGAUCAAGCCCCAAUACACAGGGCGUUGCGUUGACCGCUUCGACGAGCUCCAGACGGCCAUUCAGACCUUUGCGGAAAGCACCGUUUGCGACUUGCGAAGCCUUCGUCUCAUCGGGCUGCCGAUAUCGGAAGACACAAUGGAUGUCCUCUUGAGCCGUUUCGCAGAGCUUCGAGAGCUCUGGUUGGCUCCAGUCCUUUCCCCCGCCUACGAAACCAUCGUUGACCAGGAGAAAGAGUCGGAAGCAAGGCUCAAGGGCUUGGCGAGAGACGCGAUCGGGCACGCGCCCGCGCGCGCGUCCGAGAGCGUGGAGAAACUGGUCUGGGAGUUGAACAUCGGGUUAGAGGACCGGGUUAGUCGGUUGGUCAGCCUAGACGCUUUGGUGCAGAGCUUUCCGUCACUCAAGGAGCUCAGAGUGCGCACAGUGCCGCCAAAAAGGCCAGACUCUACGUUUGGAAGCAAGGAACGGCAAUGGAGCGUCGUCCGUUACGGCUUUGGUGACGUCACUGCGCCCACUCUGACAUCGCUCCAAGUAACGCACUGCGAACUGGGGAGCUUGAAAAGCCUUGGCACCUUCUGCCCGAACCUGGUUUCGCUGCGGCUUUGUAACUCGUUCUUCGGGGCGGAGGAGAAUCAGACAACUAAGGGGGCGUGCUUUUUCCCCCACCUGGAAAGGUUGUAUCUAGUACGGGACAGAAUCGACCCGUUCCUCGACUGGUUCCAGAUGGUUCCCCCGGGUUUCGGACCUGUUCACACCGUUUCACACGUCGAAAUCAGCACACACUAUCUCGAGAGCAUCGAGUUUCUGACGUCGUUUCCGCGACUUUACGUACUUCGAAUAAGGUUUCUGAACAUUGAUUACGAGUGGACGGGUCACUGGCGGCCUCUUCUAAAGCUCUGGGAGGUUUGCAAAAGCCUGCGUUACGUGUAUUUAGAGGGUCCGGAAGCUGAGAGCUUCAGAAACCUAGUGACCGAGAUGCGGGCGUCGUGCCCGCCUCACGUCGAGCUCGGUUGCAAGGAAGCAGUCCCACGGUUCGCAACAGACGAGUAA